UCCACAGUUCCUGUCUUCUUCCAGCAUUGCCCAUCUUCCCGGGAGCCCACCUGCUGCCUGGCCAUGAGCACCUCGUUUCUGCAGACUUCGUCUUCUACCUUUGGGGGUGGCUCGACCCGGGGCGCCUCCCUCCUAGCCGGAGGAGGGGGCUUUGGAGGCAGGAGUGUCAGCGGGGGUGGUGGAAGCCGCAGCAUCUCUGCUUCCUCUGCUAGGUUUGUUUCUUCAGGGUUGGGAGGGGGCCAUGGGGGUGGCAUGAGCUGCAGCUUUGGUGGUGGGGCAGGUGGUGGCUUUGGGGGUGGUUAUGGAGGUGGCCUUGGAGGUGGCUUUGGUGGGGGCUUUGGCAGUGGCUUUGGUGACUUUGGUGGUGGCGAUGGUGGCCUCCUCUCUGGCAAUGAGAAGAUCACCAUGCAGAACCUCAACGACCGCCUGGCCUCCUACCUGGACAAGGUGCGUGCCCUGGAGGAGGCCAACGCCGACCUGGAGGUGAAGAUCCGUGACUGGUACCAGAAGCAGAGCCCCUCCAGCCCUGAGCGUGACUACAGCCACUACUACAAGACCAUCGAAGAGUUGAGGGACAAGAUCCUGGCAGCCUCCAUUGACAACUCUCGAGUCAUCCUGGAGAUAGACAAUGCCCGGCUGGCUGCAGAUGACUUCAGGCUCAAGUAUGAGAAUGAGCUGGCCCUGCGCCAGAGCGUGGAGGCUGACACCAACGGCCUGCGCAGGGUGCUGGAUGAGCUGACCCUGGCCAGGACGGACUUGGAGAUGCAGAUUGAGAGCCUGAACGAGGAGCUGGCCUACAUGAAGAAGAACCACGAGGAGGAGAUGAAGGAGUUCACCAACCAGGUGGCAGGCCAGGUCAACGUGGAGAUGGAUGCAGCUCCAGGAGUGGACCUGACCCGAGUGCUGGCCGAGAUGAGGGAGCAGUACGAGGCCAUAGCAGAGAAGAACCGACGGGAUGCUGAGGCCUGGUUCUUCAGCAAGACAGAGGAGCUGAACAAGGAGGUGGCCUCCAAUACUGAGAUGAUCCAGACCAGCAAGACUGAGAUCACAGACCUGAGACGCACACUGCAAGGGCUGGAGAUCGAGCUGCAGUCCCAGCUCAGCAUGAAAGCCGGCCUGGAGACCUCGCUGGCAGAGACGGAGUGCCGCUACGCCAUGCAGCUGCAGCAGAUCCAAGGGAUCAUCAGCAGUAUCGAGGCCCAGCUGAGCGAGCUCCGCAGUGAGAUGGAGUGCCAGAACCAGGAGUACAAGAUGCUGCUGGACAUCAAGACGCGGCUGGAGCAGGAGAUCGCCACCUAUCGCAGCCUGCUGGAGGGCCAGGACGCCAGGAUGGCUGGCAUCACCACCAGGGAAGCCUCACUGGGAGGCGAUGGAGGCAAAGUCCGUAUCAACGUGGAGGAAACCAUGGAUGGAAAGGUGGUUUCUUCCCACAAGAGGGAAGUUUGAGCACCCCCAUGCUGCAGAGACAUCUUUCUCCACCUCUCCCUUCUGGGCCUAAGGGAGCACUAGCUGGAACCUGGAAAAGCAACCCCACCCCCGGCCUGUAGAGGGCACAGCUCCAGAGGGCCCCUGGUCAGCUAAUUUUGUGCUUUGCAUGCUCUACCCCCCUUCCCCUUCAACCCUUCCUGCUGGCUUUAGAGCAGGGAGACUGGAGGAGCAGCUCAUCUGUGCCCUGUCUGUCCAAGCAAUAAAGACUUUCCUUUCCUUUUGCAAA